AUGGCUACAGAGGACGUUAUUCAAACACGACGUCUUACAACAUAUACUGCACCCAAUGAGGUGUUUGAAGAUCUUAUAGAUAACGAUAGUGAGGACAUUGAUCCAUUCAAGGAACGUACUGGAUCACGUCGCAUUCUUGACAGACAAAGUGAAUACCAUGCACGAAGAUUGAACCGAGCGAUCUCACCGGACAGGAAUGAUCCCUUUGCGGAAAGCGAGGAUAAGGGCGAAUCACGAACAUAUGCCGACGUUAUGCGAGAAGCAGAGAUCGAGAAGGAGGAACAACGAAUCAAGCAACAGGCCACAACUCAGAAGAAACGAAGAUGGGACAUGGAAACGCCUGUGGAAACAAAAUCAGAGUGGUCAAAAUCCGAUGAUGAAGCAGCACAAGUUGGCAAGAGUAGGUGGGACGAAACACCAAGAGCAACAGACGAAGAAAUGGACACACCUCGCAAAAGAAGUAGAUGGGAUGUUACUCCCCAAGUUUCUGCUAAGAAGUCUCGUUGGGACGAAACGCCUACGCAUCCAACAGUGCAGAUUGGAGUUACCCCUGUUGGAAAUUUUGGGCUCCUUACACCAACUCCAGGGCACCUUGUUUCCAUGACUCCCGAAGCUCAGCGAUGGGAGAAAGAUUUGGAUGCACGAAACAGGCCUCUUACUGAUGAAGAGCUUGAUGCUAUGUUCCCUCCGACCGGCUAUAAAAUAUUGGAUCCUCCAUCUGGCUAUGUUCCUAUUCGUACCCCCGCACGCAAAUUAAUGGCCACACCAACUCCUAUGGCAGCCGAUGGUUUUGUAAUGUUAGAAGAAGAUCGAAACCAAACCUAUGACCUGCCCGCUGAAAUUCCAGGCGUAGGAAAUUUGCCGUUUUUCAAACAAGAAGAUAUGCAACAUUUUGGCAAACUGCUAGAUGAUAAGGACGAGAGCGAAUUAUCCGUUGAGGAAUUGAAGGAACGCAAAAUUAUGCGUUUACUUCUUAAGAUUAAGAAUGGAACACCACCAAUGAGGAAAACAGCACUUCGACAAAUUACCGAUAAAGCUAGGGAUUUUGGAGCGGGUCCUCUCUUCAAUCAAAUACUUCCUCUUUUGAUGUCUCAAAAUCUCGAAGAUCAGGAACGACAUUUACUGGUAAAAGUUAUUGACCGUAUACUUUACAAGCUUGAUGCCCUAGUUCGUCCUUACGUCCAUAAGAUCCUUGUGGUUAUUGAACCACUCUUAAUUGAUGAGGAUUAUUUUGCGAGAUGCGAGGGUCGCGAAAUCAUCAGUAAUUUGAGUAAAGCGGCUGGGCUACCUACUAUGAUUGCCACGAUGAGGCCAGAUAUUGACCAUGUUGACGAAUAUGUUCGUAAUACUACGGCUCGUGCCUUCUCGGUCGUUGCAUCUGCACAUGGUAUUCCCGCACUUCUUCCAUUCUUAAAGGCUGUAUGUAAGAGCAAAAAAUCGUGGCAGGCUCGACAUACUGGUAUUAAAAUUGUUCAACAAAUUGCCAUAUUGAUGGGAUGCGCCGUGUUACCACACUUGAAAAAUCUGGUUGAGGCCAUUGCUCAUGGCCUUGAGGAUGAACAACAAAAAGUUCGUACAAUCACUGCACUUGCGAUUGCCGCAUUAGCAGAAGCCGCUGCACCAUAUGGUAUUGAAUCAUUCGACUCAGUCCUCAAGCCUUUAUGGACUGGUAUUCGUAAACAUCGUGGCAAGGGGCUUGCGGCAUUUUUGAAAGCCAUAGGCUACAUCAUUCCUUUAAUGGAUGCCGAAUAUGCUAAUUAUUAUACGAAAGAAGUCAUGAUAAUUUUGAUUCGUGAGUUUCAAUCACCUGACGAAGAAAUGAAGAAGAUUGUUCUUAAAGUCGUUAAGCAAUGUGCUGCAACUGAUGGUGUUCAGCCACAAUACAUCAAAGAAGAGAUCCUUCCUGAAUUUUUCAAAAAUUUCUGGGUUCGUCGCAUGGCUCUUGAUCGUCGAAACUAUCGCCAAGUUGUAGAAACAACAGUCGAAUUGGCACAAAAGGUCGGUGUCACUGAAAUUGUUGGCAGAAUUGUUGAAGACUUGAAAGAUGAAUCAGAACCAUAUAGAAAGAUGGUUAUGGAAACAGUUGAGAAAGUUGUUAGUCAACUGGGAGCUGCUGAUAUUGACACUCGUUUGGAGGAGGUUCUUAUUGAUGGCAUCCUUUAUGCGUUCCAAGAACAAACAGUGGAGGAUAUUGUGAUGUUAAACGGCUUUGGUACUGUUGUGAACGCUUUGGGACUUCGUGUGAAACCAUAUUUACAACAGAUUACUUCAACUAUUUUGUGGCGUCUCAAUAACAAAUCGGCGAAAGUUCGUCAACAAGCAGCUGAUCUAAUUUCUCGUAUAGCAGUGGUCAUGAAAACUUGCGGUGAAGAAAAACUGAUGGGUCAUCUUGGUGUUGUACUUUAUGAAUACUUGGGGGAAGAAUAUCCGGAGGUUCUAGGGUCUAUAUUAGGAGGUUUAAAGUCCAUUGUGAAUGUUAUCGGAAUGUCUAGCAUGACACCGCCUAUCAAGGAUCUACUUCCUCGUCUGACACCCAUCCUGAAGAAUCGGCAUGAGAAAGUCCAAGAAUCAUGUAUUGAUCUUGUUGGCCGUAUAGCAGAUCGUGGUGCAGAAUUUGUUAGUGCGCGUGAAUGGAUGCGUAUCUGUUUUGAACUGCUGGACAUGCUUAAGGCACACAAAAAAGGUAUUCGUCGAGCCACGGUAAACACAUUUGGCUACAUUGCCAAAGCAAUUGGUCCACAGGAUGUUUUAGCAACUUUGCUUAAUAAUUUAAAGGUUCAAGAACGUCAAAACAGAGUUUGCACUACCGUUGCUAUUGCUAUUGUGGCAGAAACUUGUGCACCAUUCACUGUCCUACCCGCUUUAAUGAAUGAAUAUCGUGUGCCAGAAUUGAACGUACAAAAUGGCGUGUUGAAAUCACUUUCAUUCUUGUUCGAAUAUAUUGGUGAAAUGGGCAAAGACUAUAUUUAUGCCGUCACGCCUUUAUUGGAAGAUGCGUUGAUGGACCGAGAUCUAGUUCACAGGCAAACCGCAUGUACUACCGUAAAACAUAUGUCACUCGGUGUUUUCGGCCUUGGUUGUGAAGAUGCUCUUCUUCAUCUUCUGAACUACGUCUGGCCAAAUAUUUUCGAAACAUCCCCUCACGUUAUAAACGCGGUUAUGGAAGCGAUUGAAGGAUUAAGGGUUGCAAUUGGUCCUGCAACAGUUUUGCAAUACGUCUUGCAGGGUUUAUUCCAUCCUGCUCGCAAAGUACGCGAAAUUUAUUGGAAGAUAUAUAAUAAUUUAUAUAUUGGUGCUCAGGAUGCCUUGAUUCCAUACUAUCCUCGUAUAGAAGAUGAUGAAAGGAACAAUUAUGAACGUUAUGAAUUAUCGAUGUGGCUCUGA